AUGUACAACCGUGUCCUAGAUACCAGGAGUGAGACCCUGGCAGACGUGCUGCGUCACUUCGAGCGCCCGUCGGCAACCCUGGCGGCUGCUCAGGCUGCUUAUGAUGCCGGGUCUGGCUGGCGCGACAGAAUCGUGCGCGUCGCUGAAGGGCUGGGUGACGCGGUGCGCGAUGAGUGGCUGCACGUCUCCCGGUUUGUCGCCACGGCCGGCGACCGCCUGGCCGCGCUGGAGCAGGCGUGGCAGCGCGGCGGCGCGGGCGGGCGCGGCAGGGCGGACGCAGACUGCGCGGCGCUGCAGCGCCAGGUCAGCGGCGCCUGCUGCGUCAUCCACGGCUGCACGGUGCUGGCCAUUCAAGGUGGGGCCGCCCCCGAGGCCUGCUCCCGCCUGCUCGCCUCAGCCAGCCUGAUGGUUGGAUCGGGGCGGCGGGCCCUCGUGGCCGCCCUGGUAGCCAGCGACGACCGGCUGGCCACGACUGUGGCGGCCAGCCAGGUGUGCGCCAUGGUGGGCCUGCUCCACAUGCUGGCCACACACCCGGCCUGCCGCGGCGCCUGCCCGGCGUUUGUUGCGGGCCCCGCGCCGCCGCAGGCCUUUGCCCGCUGGCUGCGGGCGCUGGUGGACGCGCUGCUGGCGCUGGGCGGCAGGCCGGCGGUCGAGGGCGGGGGCCUGGCCGUCGCGCUGGAGCACUACACAGGCCUCUGCACCAGCCUGCUGAUGAACGACUCUUAUGUACUGGGCGGCCUGCACGCCGCAGCCCAGUCAGACGCGGCGUUGUGCGAGCGCAUGCUGCGCCUGCUGGUGCUCCACUCCCUGCCCGCGGCCGCCGCCAAGGGGGGGCUGCUGCCGGCGCCCGGCGGCCAAGGCGGCGCCGCCGCCGCCGACGACGACGCUGCGCCGCCGCGCGGCGAAGGCGGCAAGCACCCGCUGUCUUUCCUGUGCAGCCUGCUGUGGCUGCUGACGGCGGGCUGCCUAAAGGCGCCGCUGGUGGCGCUGAUGCACGGCCCCGAGGCCAUGGCGCCGGUGCGACUGGCGGCGGCGGCGCUGCAGCGCCUGCCCGCGCAGUGCCCCGCCGGCCUGCCCCCGCUCCUGUUCUGGAGCGCCCAUGUGGCGCUGGCCUCGAUGCUGCGCUCGGGCCGGGAUGUGCUGGCCCUGUGCGAGUGCUGCCGCGCGGCGCGGCCGCACGAGUCGUCGCUGGGCGACGCCGACGCCGCGGCGUGGCGCGUGGUGGGCCUGGUGCCGCGCGCCGCAGCUGUCAUCCGCCAGGCGGCGGCCGAGCUGCGGGCGCCAGCGCCGGCGCCAGCGCCAGCAGCCGGCGGCAAUCAGGCGACAGACGGGGCGGCGGCGCAUUCGACGGUGCUGGCGGCCCCCCGCCGCGAGGUGCUGGCGGACAUUCUGGCCAGCCUGGCGCGCACGUGGAUCGUGGCACUGCAGCUGGCGGUCACCGUGCGCAGCGUGGAAAGCGUGGCGCAGGUGGAGGCGUACGUCGCCGCCGCGGACGCCGGCCUGCGCCUGCUGCCGCUGCUGGCGGGGCUGCAGGCGGAGCGGGAGGUGGCAGCCGGCGGUACCGGCAGUACCGGUACCGGCGGUACCACGAUGGGCGAGGACAUCCCGAUCGGCCAGGAGUUUGCCACCCUGGCGGAUUUGUUGGUGGUGGUGUGGAGCCACCUGGGCACCCUCGCCGCCGCCUACGGCUCCAACCUGAUCGACGAGCAGAAGAGCUGCACCCACGCCCAGCCGCAGGCCCCGCCCUGUACCGCAGCGUACCGCUCCCUGGCCCCGCGCCUGUACCACCUGCACGCCACCGCCGCGCGCGCGGUGCACUGGGCCGCCGCCGCGGCGCCGGGGCAGGCCGCCGAGCUGCCGCUGCUGCGCGACUGGCCGCGCAUGCUGGGGCCCACAUCUUUGGACUUCUCCUCAGCCCUCGCCUGCUCCACCCUGGCAAACAUAGAAGAUAAUAAGGCAGCCGCGGCCAGCCGCAGCGGCGACGAUGGCGGCGACAGCGGCAGCGACGACGGCGGCGACGGCCGCCCCGCGCCACGCUGGCCCCUCACCGACGGCGACCUGCGGCGCAUGUGCGCCGCGCACGCCGCUCUGCUGCACAUGGCGGCGGCACGCCUGCCGCCUGCGGGCCUGCUGCAUCGGUUUGACUCGGGCCUGCAGGAGCAGGUGCUGCUCAACCUUGCCCACGCAGCCGGAUACGCCCCGCCUGCCUGCGUUACGCCAGAGCUGGAGUCUGCCCUGGUUCAUGGGCUGCGCCAGCUGGCCGCCGCCGAGCCCACGCGCCUCCGCCUCGGCAUUGCCACACACAUCCUGCACGCCACCUCCUUCUCUGCCCACGCCGCGGCCGCCCUGGCAGCUGGCGGGCGCGGCCUUAAGCAGGGCGGCGCGGCCGGGUGCCUGCAGGUGUUGGUGUUCCUUCAGAGGCUCCUUGUCCUGCUGUCAAGGCUGGACUAUUUUGGCGACGUCUCCGGCGACGGCGGCGAGGAGGGCAGCCUGGAUGGCAGGCAGGAAGGCAGCCCCGCCAGCCGGCAACAGGCGGGAGGCGCCGAGGCGGGCGCCGAGGCCCGCCUGGCUGCCGCCAGGUCUGGCAGCGGCGGCGAUGGCGGGCACGCCGGCGCCAGCGGGGCGGCCGGCCCGCCGGCCCGGGCGCCCGUCGCGGUGCCUGCGGCGCGGGAGGCUGGCAGGCUGUGGGAUGUGGUGGUGGAGGCGAUGGAGGCUCUGGAUGAGGCUCUGGAGGGGGCGCAUGAGGCGGCUGCCACCUUGGCCUCGUUCGAGCGGCAGGUACUGGAGCGGCUGCUUCCGCUGGCCGAGGCGGUUGCCGAGCUGCUGUACCAGCGGUACCAGCAGCCGGAGCAGGUGGAAGCUGCCCGGCUGGAGCUGGCGCGCAGCGCGGUGGGCCGCAGCUGCGCCUACCUGGGGUGUGCCAACCUGGGCGGCCUGGGUGGCGGCGCGGCGGGGCAGGGCGAGGGAAGCCAGCGCUGCUCCGGGUGCCGUGUGGCCUGGUACUGCGGCACCGCCUGCUCCCACGCCGACUGGCGGCGCGGCGGGCACAGGCGCGUGUGCAAGGCGCUGGCAGCGGAGCGGCGGGCCCAGCAGCAGCAGCGGCAGCAGGAGGAGGCAAGGUUACCGACGGCGCUGGCGCCGCCAUGUCAGCCUCCCCGCAUUCAGUUGCGGUGCCGAUCUGCCCAGAGCCUGGACUGCGAACAGGCACUCGCGCAUAAAUCACCAGAGCCUCUGACGGUUGUCUACCGGCGAGUGGUUGAGGCUGGCUUGCGCAAAUCUCACUUGAUCGGUUGGGCGAAUUCGUGUUUGAAGCGCUCAUGGGAGUGUGAGUCAUGCAGCUCUUUGCAGGGGUAUAGGCGCUGCUUGACUCGAGCGAUUGACUUGACAUCUUCCUCCCUGGCCCUCUGCAGGCCCGAUAGCCGCCGCCAUGUUGUUGUUGUGACAGCGGAGAAGGGCGGCCUGCCUUUAAUUGACCUGCAGCAGGAUGCGCGUCGGGGCGGCGGCGGCAGCGGCAGUGCCGGCGUAAGCGCCAGCGAGGCGCGGUCCAUCCUCCACCGCUGCUCCUUUGCCGCAGCAGCCCUCAUCGCCACGGUUGUGCUGUCGGCCAUGGCCUACAACCACUGCGCGGUGUUCGGCAGCAGCCAGUUUGUGGUCGCCGCGGGCGCGGCCACCCGCGCCGCCGCCUCGCCCGCCGCCAGCGGGCCUAGCACCGGGGACCGCCGCAGGCGGCCACGCGUCUACAUGCUGGCCAACAACCCCGCCGCCAACGCCACCUGGGGCAGGCUGCAGAUAGGGAAGCAGGACUUGGUCGUCAUGUUCAACCUGGCCGACCCGCUGGCGCACUUUGACCACGUGCCGCCGCAGCAGAUGGUCAUCUUCCUGCGGCAGCAGCCCAUGCUCAAGGGCGUGAUCAACGAGGAGAAGCUGGGCGAGCUGGCGCAGCGCUUCCACCGCAUCGUGUUUGUGACGUGCCAGCUGGUGCGCCAGAUCGGCGAAGGCGACGCGCUGCUGCUGCAGCAGCUGCUGGCGGUGCCCCACUUUGAGUCCUUUGACUACAAGUCAGACUUCAUGCUGUGGGUGUGGAGCGACUACAAGUUCAGCAAGAUCGUGAAGCUGCCCAGUACCGGCUACAUCACGUACAAGUACUUCCAGCGGUACAUGCCCACCCACGACGUCGUGCUGGUGGGGUUCAGCGGCGAGGGACAUCGGUGCUGGGCUGCCCCGUGUGCCCGCGUGACCUCCACCAUGCAAGCCCACCCGUCUCUCCACCGUCCGGCUACCGGCGCGCACUGUGCGGGCCCAGCGGCACGGCAUGCAGUCCUCUCGGGCCACAGGAGCCCCCGGGUGGCGCCCGCCUCGGUGCCCUGGGCCGCCGCCGCCGCCGCUCCCGACAGCCCCUCGCUGCCGCCGCCCGCGCCACGCGGCAGCAGCACCCGCUGCCGUGCCAGCAAGCAGCCAGAGCAAGGCUUCUUCGGCCAAGCCGACCCCAGCGCCCAGGUGCUGCCUGUGAAGAGCGGGCUGUCUGGCGACAUCACCAAGCGCAGCAAGUCACGCUGGGAGUCUGACUUUAUUUGGAACAAGGACUGGGCCAAGCAGCUGGACUAUGAGGAAAGCCUGCGCAAGCAGCAGGAGGAGGGGGAGCGGCUGCGGGCCGAGGGCGGCGGCGGCGGCGACGGCAAGGGCUUCCUCAGCCUGCGCAGCAAGGUCGACCUCAACAGCAUGGACGUCGACCUGAGCCAGCAGCUGCGGGCACGCAAGAGCAGCGGCGCCGCCGCCUCCUCCUCCUCCUCCUCCUCCCCGGCCGCGCCCCGCCAGCCGCGGCCGCGCCAGGCGCCGCGGUUCGCAACCGUGCCGCCCACCCGCGUGGAGCAGCGGCAGUGGCAGCGGUCGGGCAAGUUUUCCCGCAAGGUGGUGGCGGUGGCUCCCACCAACGAGGCCGACCAGGAGGCGCUGGAUGCCAAGGUGGAGGCUGAGCGGCGGCGGUACGACGAGCUCAAGGCGGAGCUUCAGGCCUGGGCCUCGGGCCUCACGCUGGCCUGCCUGGCCGCCACCUUUGCCUUCUACGGCAGGGACGUGGCCGCAAGCUACGGCGUGGGCGCCCUGGGAGGCUUGGUCUACCUGCGCCUGCUCAACCGCAGCGUGGACGGCGUGGGCGGCGGGCUGGCGGGCGCGCUGGGCCAGCAGCGCCUGCUCAUCCCCAUCAUCCUGGCCCUGGGCUACAACAGGUACAACACGCUGGUGGCGGAGGAGACAGGGCUGGCGCUGCAGCUGGCGCCCAUGCUGGUGGGCUUCUUCACCUACAAGGGCGCGGUGCUGGCCCGGCAGUCGCUGGCGCUGUUUGCCGAGCUGGCCGGCAGCGCGCAGGGCGGGCAGCGGGGCGGCGACGGCGGCGGCGGCGAGGUGGGGGAGCAGGAGGCGGGCAUGGAUGUGGCGUCGGUGGACCGGGCGUUCAGGAAGAAGAUGCUCAACGAGAUGUGA